CUCAUUAGAGAUAUUUCAUGAAUCAUGAUUUUAUAGUUGGAAUAUAAAUUAUUUUGAAUGAAAAACGUAGUCAUGUUGUUCUCCUACAAAGAACAGUUUAUAUAAAUUAUUGAGUAAAUCUAAUCAAAAUACAUAAUGAAGCCUCGACCGUGCGGCUGCAAAGGUUGUCGAACCUGUUUAGUUUGUGAAACUAAGUACGGUGCUGCAGAAUUUAAGCCAACAAUAACACUAGACAAAACAAGAGGUUAUGUGUAUUGCCCUUAUUGUUGUAAAGCUUGGCCUGGAUGGGAUAUCGAUUCGUAUAAAGAACAUCCAAAUCAUAGAGGCGAAUCAUUGAGUUUUCCUGGAGUGUUUAUACAAUUAGAUUUUAUAUCGGAAGACGAAGAGAAUAAACUAAUGAAAGCAAUAGAUGAAGUACCUUGGGAUGUAUCACAAAGUGGCCGGCGAAAGCAGAAUUUUGGACCAAAAACAAAUUUUAAAAAGAAAAGAAUAGUACCAGGUAAUUUUGACGGCUUCCCGCAAUUCUCUAAGUAUUUACAAGACAGAUUCGAAACGAUUGAACUAUUGAAAGGCUACAAAGUUAUAGAACAAUGUUCUUUGGAAUAUAGUCCUAUCACAGGUGCGUCAAUAGAUCCACACAUAGAUGAUUGUUGGAUCUGGGGAGAGAGGGUUGUGACUGUUAAUUGUUUAUCGGACACUGCUUUAACCAUGACUUUAUACAAUGGUGAUAAAAAUAAAUAUAACUUAUUGUCAGCUGAAGAAUUUCCACCGCUGGUGCAACCUAAUGGUUAUAUAGAUUUAGAGUUUAAGAACAAUAAAAAUAUGUUGGAUUCAUGUAGACCAGUCAUCAAUAGUGAUGCAAUUGUAAGGAUACCUUUAGUUCGGCGUUCCUUGACCGUGUUGUAUGGAGAACCAAGAUACCAUUGGGAACAUUGUGUUCUAAGAGAGGAUAUAAAAGAAAGAAGAGUAUGCAUAGCCUAUAGAGAGUUCACUCCCCCAUACAUGCCUAAUGGCUCACACAAAAUCAUCGGAGAUGAAAUAAGAAAUAAAGCCAAACAGUUUUGGGAUCACAGAUCGAGAUAUAAGAACCAAAUAAUUGAUUGAAUACUUGAAUAAGCAAUAUUAUUUAUGUUUACCUGAAUAGAAAUUUUGUAAUAAAAUAAA